UCAGAUCUACACUUUACAUAUACACGUACUCCAAGCCUGCCCCUCCACCGUAUCACCACAAGCAAUGGAAAGAACCGCCACCUCCACCACAGGCGCCACCUCCCUCCUACUCCUACUCCUCCUCAUCGUCGCCACCUCCGUGGCCGCCGAAGCAGCGUCCGCACCGGCGGCCGUGGUGGGCGGGCGGAGGGAUAUCAAGGACGUAGGCUCGAACAAGGAGGUGCAGUCCCUGGGCCGGUUCGCCGUGGCCGAGCACAACCGCCGCCUCCGUCACGGCGGCGGCCGCGGCAACGACCCCGUCUCGGUCCUCCUCUCCUUCAGGGCAGUGGCCGCGGCGCAGGAGCAGGUCGUCUCCGGCGUGGCGUACUACCUGAAGGUCAUCGCGCGGGACCGAGCCACCGGCUGCGACAGGCCGUUCGACGCGGUCGUGGUCGUCAGGGCGUGGCUCAUGUCCAAGGAGCUCGUCUCCUUCACGCCUUCCCAGAAGUAGUAGUGACCGCGCCUGCGCAGGCACAUGGACGUGCGUCGCUGGUUUUGCGCUCUUGCUUUCUUUGGGUUCUACGUAAUAGCAUCUACAAAUUGAAUAAAUUCGGUUCAUGCUUAACAGAUGCAUGGACGAUUCACUUUGAAUUAUGUUACACUGGAGUGUGUUCGUUUGGGUUGUUGAUGCUGACGUACGUGCUUAAGGUUUUAUACAUAAUUGAGAAACUAGAACUGUGCAACAUUUCAACGAAUGAACCUAUAGCAUCUUCGCUGUUCAUAUUAUUAUUAGAAAUUACGAGCAACAACUUGAGCCGGCCGGUUGCUUUUCCUCAGUCCUCUCGCGCGCUCGUCGAUUGUGCUGCCGCGCAAGGAAACGACCAAGAUGAAGCAUUCAGAGUAGAGCAAGCAGGCGCGGCGCUGCACGGUCUUCAGGGUCCAAUUCGGCCGUGCCCGUUGCGUGGGUCUUUUAGAGAAGGAAAAUUUGUGUGUAUGGCACUCAGAGUUUGUGGUUUUGCUCCUGUUUCAUCUCACACUUGUUAUUUGUGUAUAUGCCACUGGAAUGCAUGUGUGUCACUAGCCUUGAUGUACAUGGAAUUUGUGUCUAUGGCACUCAGAGUUUAUGGUUUUCCUCGUGUUUCAUCUCAAACUUGUUAUU